AUGUACUUUCCCAUCAUCUCCUGGGCAUCCCUGGGAGCCUUCGUGUUCCUGGGCGUUGCCUCAAAGCCCGUGGACAUCGUCCCGGGACUCGAUCCCAACAGAAAUUGUCAAAUCAAAGUACACCAAUACCUGCACAACCUCGUCGACGAAAACGACCCUAUUGAAAAAUUCGACAAAUAUGCCUUAACGGUUGCGACGAGUUUCCCGAACGGCACGCAGAUCGACAUAGCUACAGAACAGUCACUCCAGCCGUUUGGUGACUCGAUUCAUGACCAAAUUGGUGGCGGAUUCUCCUCCUCGGGUAACCUCGACGACGAUGUCAGCAUGGAGAUUGGAAUUAGGAAUUCAUCUUCCGUCGUAUUCACGUACGGCGGCGACAGUGACAAUCCCAUCGAGUUCUUCAACACCCAACAAACAGGGACUCUCAAAGCGCAUUGCCCGCUGAACACCGAGUUCAUGCACUGCGAUGAAACGCAGGAUUGCAACGCAACAGAAACAAAAACAGGCGAGACGAAGAUUCCAGAUCCCAAGGCUGUCGCGGAGAGAGAUAUACAUUGUAUCUUCCCAUGCUAG